GUUUCCGGCAGGCUCCAUCCCGCGAGGGCGGUCGUUUCCUUCUCGUUUGUUCCUCCGGCUCGUCUUUCUCGCCAUGCCCGAACCUGCAAAGUCCGCUCCUGCUCCCAAAAAGGGGUCGAAGAAAGCCGUCACGAAGGCCCAGAAAAAGGAUGGGAAGAAGCGCAAGCGCAGCCGCAAGGAGAGCUACUCCAUCUACGUGUAUAAGGUGCUCAAGCAGGUCCACCCUGAUACCGGCAUCUCAUCUAAGGCCAUGGGCAUCAUGAAUUCCUUCGUCAACGACAUUUUCGAGCGCAUCGCUGGGGAAGCGUCUCGCCUGGCGCAUUACAACAAACGCUCGACUAUCACGUCCCGGGAGAUCCAGACCGCCGUGCGCCUGCUGCUCCCCGGCGAGCUGGCCAAGCACGCCGUGUCGGAGGGCACCAAGGCGGUCACCAAGUACACCAGCUCCAAGUGAGUCCCUGUUCGGGACGCGGCGCUCACACGAGUCGCCGGUCUUUCACUCCAAAGGCUCUUUUCAGGGCCACCCACCUUCUCAAGUGAAGAGCUGUUAACCUAUCUUCUGAGUCUUAACGUUAACUUUUUUUCCUGUUCUUAAUGCACAGUUUAUUUAAGUUAAUAGUUUGUAGGUCAUGUGGAACUGGUCCUUCUCAGAUAAGAGACGAAUAAAGAUUUUGGUUUUAUUUGGACUCCAGGGAACAUUGGUUGUAGAUUGCUAAGUAUUUUAGGACUACGUUUGAAAGUAUUGUUGAUUUGCGCAUAAUAUGUGAGCAUGUGUCAAGAUAAUUUGUUUACUUGAAAUGUUCCGUGCUCUGUUCAACUAGAUAAGGCUGUUAUGCAAGUCUACAAAGUAGAUGAGGAAAUUACGGGAAUCUGAUUAUUCCCAAGUGGCGAAUUGGUGGUGGUAUUUCCAUUCGUGUAUUUGCCUUUUGAAUGUUUUUAAAAAGGUAAAUAUUCAUGGGUACUAAUUCCUUGAGCGUGUGCCCUCGGUUUUUCAAGAACCUGGCUUCCCCAUUUAAGGUAAAAUUCCUCGAUUGAGAUUGAAGCUGGGUUUUAAUAGUUGGAAAUUAAAGUUCAAUACUGUACAUUUAUCUUUGAUCAUUGCUAUGCCAAAUCCAAUAAAACCUACCUAAUCUAA